GAAUGUUGUUAGUCAGCGCAGCUCUGCCUGCAGUGCUAGCUUAGCCUUCGUCGCGUUUAGUUUGAAAAAUUGCCUUGCUCUCGGAUACCUGGAAACGAAGGUUCGUCUCGAUAGCUGAUUUGUGCCUUGCUGUGAUAAGCUUGCAAAUUUUACAAAACAAUCAGUUUGUGCAAUUUUCCGGUUCGUUUCUCAUUCCGCUAACUGAAAAUGGGAAAAUUAAUACCUGCGGAUGUUGAGAAUGAGUACAAAAAAUUCCCGGAACUGAAACGAGAAGAUGUGCAAAAAUUACGAGAGUGGAUGGUAAAACAGCCCCAUUUACCGAAAAUCACGGAAUUGGAGUUGAUCCUUUUCCUGCACUCUAACUACCAUCGAAUGGAAGCCACCAAAAAUACGCUUGAUGCCAACUACACUUGUCGCACUCAUGUUCCCGAACUGUUCGCCAACUGGGACAUCAUUGGGACGGAACUUAAAAAUACAAUGGAUUUGGUAACGAUAAUGCCUCUUCCAAAGCCGACUAACGACGGAUAUACCGUGGUUUUGGGAAAGCUCAUUGAUAGCGAUACGUCGCAGUAUACUUUUGAAUCCUGCUUGAAGUUCCUACUGAUGAUCGCCGAUGUUGUUCAACGAGAAUCGGGAGCUGUACCUGGAUACGUGUUCGUACUAGAUAUGCGGGGCGUAACGCUUGGACACGUGGCUAAGCUGUCCAUUGGAACGGUCAAAAAGUUUAUGCACUACCUCCAGGAAGGGAUGCCGAUUCGGCUGAAGGGAAUUCACCUUACGCACGUGGUCCCGUUUAUCGAUAAGAUUUUGAUGAUUAUUAAGCCUUUCAUGCACAAGGAUCUGCUCGAUUUGCUUCAUCUGCACACAUCGCUGGAUACAUUGGACCCAUUCGUGCCGCGGGAAUGUCUCACUGAAGAGCUCGGUGGCAAGGCCGGCGCCAUGAUGGAUCUCAGAGACAAUUUUAACCUACACAUGAUCGCUUGCCGCGACUUCCUUCUGCAAGAGGAGAAAAAGAAAGCUGUUGAGGAUCGGAGACCGGGCAAACCAAAAGAUUCCGGUGCAGUGUUUGGGAUGGAAGGAAAUUUCAAGAAACUUGAUAAACUUGAACUGUCUCGCUUUUUGCACUCAAACUAUUUUAAAAUGGAGGCGACCAAACAAACUAUCGACAACUACUAUACGUACAGAACCCACAUUCCAAUGUUCUUCGCUAACCGGGAUAUCUUGAAUGAGGGAACCAGAACUGUAAUGGAUAUAUUGUACGGGAUGUCAUUUCCGAAACAAACCCACGAAGGCUACGAGGUGUUUUACGGAUGUCUUAAAGUUCCCGAUACAUCGCGGUUCGAUAUUGGAGAGAUAUUCAAAAUGAUGAUUGCUCUCAUAGAAGUGCACUUUUUGGAGAAGGGAUCAGCCGAUGGCUAUCGUAUUAUUAUUGACAUGCAGAAUGUCACUUUCGGUCAUGUGGCACGACUAGGAGUGAUGCCGCUGAAAAACUUCUUAACCUACCUUCAGGAAGCUAUGCCGAUCCGGUUGAAGGGUCUUCAUUUCGCCAACGUAGUGCCUUUUAUGGACGCCAUUUUGGCGUUGAUCAAGCCAUUCAUGAAAAAAGAACUGAUGGAGGUCCUCUAUUUGCAUCAGACAAACGAGCAAAUGCAUCAAUACAUCGGAAAGGAGUGUCUACCAGAGGACUGCGGAGGAGAGUGCGAAAGUCGAGAAGUUUUAUCACGUCGAUGGUACGAUAGGUUGAUUGAGCUGCGAGAGUUCUUUUUGGAAGAGGAACGAACCCAACGCGUUGACGAGUCAAAGAGGCCUGGAAAAUCAAAUGCAGCCGGAAGAGCUUUUGGAAUAGAAGGAAACUUCCGGAAGCUGGAUAUUGAUUGAUGGAUUGAUGGUCCAGAGACAAUAUAACUUAUUUUUUUGCUACCGAACUCUCAGAACUUGUUUACUAAAUUAUUUAAUUUUAGAAUUUUGAGAGGUGUUUGUGUUUAUUUCAUUUUUA